UGACAGUAGUUCAAAACACAUUAUUUUCUUUGCUUUUAUUAUUUAAACAACUUUGGUAAAUUUUACUUAAAUAUGUCUAUAAGCUUAGAUAUUAGGUUGAAACGUGUGGAUAAAGUCUACCAUGAAGGGGAGAAUAUUACUGGUAUUAUCCUAGUUAAUUCUACUUCAGAUUUUAAACAUGAAGGAAUUACAUUAACAGUAGAAGGGUCUGUUAAUUUACAGAUAAGUUCAAAGAAUGUUGGAAUUAUUGAAGCCUUCUAUAACUCAAUAAAACCAAUACAAUUGCUAAAUAUCACAUGUGAGGUUACAGGAAAUGGUAAAUUGCCUGCUGGCACAACUCAAAUACCAUUUGAGAUCCCUUUAAAAGCAAAAACUAGCCAAUUCCUUUACGAAACAUACCAUGGGGUAUAUGUUAACAUCAGUUAUGCCUUAAAAUGUGAUAUAAAAAGGUCUUUCCUUUCAAAAGACAUACAAAAACAACAACAAUUUCUCAUUCAAUAUAAACCUGGAAAGAACCCAAAUCCACAAGUUCCCCUAAAAGAUCCAAAGAAAGUAAUAACUUUUACCCUUAGUCCUGCUACAUUAGCAUCUGGAGGAUUAGGAGCACCAGAUUUCUUAUUAAAAGGACAAUUUAAUUCAACAUACUGUGACAUCACAAAGCCUUUUAAAGGUUACUUAACACUCUUCAAAUGUGCUGUGCCCAUUAGGUCAAUCGAAUUACAAUUGGUAAGAGUUGAGACUUGUGGAUGUGCUGAAGGUUAUGCAAGAGAAGCUACUGAAAUACAAAAUAUUCAAAUUGGUGAUGGAGAUGUACCACAGAAUAUAAACAUUCCUAUUUAUAUGGUGUUUCCCAGACUCUUCACUUGUCCCACACUUAUUACAAAAAAUUUUAAAAUAGAAUUUGAGGUGAAUAUUGUGAUUAUAUUCCAAGAUGAUCACUUAAUUACAAAUAAUUUUCCAAUAAUAAUUGUCAGAGAGUAAGAAGAGAAAGGAAGACAUACAAAUACAAUGAAUAAUAUUCCAAAUAUAUUUAUUUUACAAUGUUUAUAAAUGAUAUAAAAGUAUAACUAAUUUGUGAAUAGACUUAUUUAACAUUAAUA